GCUGCCGGCCGCCGUGAGCCCAUGACCCAUGGCUGACGGGAGCAUCAACAACGACUCAAGCAACAACGUGGCUGAUGGCGACAACACUGCUGCAAAUAAUGAUGGUCCCCUCCACGCCGUGCACCACAUCGUCCUGGUAGAGGACGGCAUGGCCCCUGCCGCGAUGGAGAACGGCACCGUCGACAGCGGCGGCUCCGACGCCGGCGCCAAGAACAGGGACUUCACCGCCACCGCCGCCGAUCCCAAGCAACGACGCGCCACGUCCUCUCUCUGGGUGUCCGUGGCCUACGCCGCCAUCACGUCGCUGGCGCUGUGGCCCGUCGCCGACCGGCCACGGAGCGUGGUGUGGGUGUUCUCGGCCAUCACCAGCGCUUUCCUCGUCCUCUGCACCAUCAUCCUCACGCGGAAGAUGCGCGCGCGCACCGUGUUCUUCUCCGUCUCUUACGUCGCGCUGGCCGGCGCCGCCGCCGCCCACCUGAGCCCCCGCACCGGCAUGGUCGUCAUGCAUCUCGUCACGGCCUACGCCGCCGGCCUGUUCGGGUUCGCCCUCGCCGAGCACAGGCAGUUCACCGGCGCCGAGACGUCCGCCGCCGCGGUCCCCAUCCCUGUGCCGCCGUCGGCCUCCCGCAGCGAAGAGGAGCUCAAGCGAGGCGCGGACAAGGCCAAAACCGCGCCCUUCCUUUCGGCGGUCGUCUCAUUGUUGUGCGCAGGGUGCGCCGCGUUCGUGCUGUGCUACACCAAGGACACUUACGGGCUCGUCAUGGAGGUGUCGUUCCUCGUCGACCUCUCCAUCUUCUGCUGGAUUUGCACCCUGGCACUGCAGUUCCUGCACGGUGUCUUCAUCGAGGUGCAUCACAUGACGGCCACGUAUUUGUUUGGACCUCCAUCGCUUGGCCUGCUGGAAAUCGCAGUCUCCUACUUCUUUGGCAGGGCGGUAGGGACGUUGGUCUACUCCCUCGGUAUGAUUGCCAUGGCUGGAUUGUUUGGGUACUGCCUUGGCAUAUACGCCCAUUACAAGCAUUUGGUAGCAUUGGAGUUGGAGGUGUCGUCUACGGAAAUCAGCAAACUGCCUCAAGUUCAAGAUUAUUCUACUGAAACACUCACCAAACAAGAGGUUUGA